AUGUUGGUGAAUAUCGAUAGUGUUCGCCACGAGCGCAGAAGAGCCCAAGUUCUUCGAGAAUUUUCGCAAUCCACAAUACGGCACACCACGUUGUAUUAUACGUUUGAAUGGACAAAGGUUUAUAAUGAUGGCCAGUUGUACGAAAAACGGAGAACGGUGAUCGUCAAGGACCUCAUACCGGAAGUUUUGCGGUUCUUUAGUCAGAUUGAAAAGUAUGAUCCAUUUUUGUACGUACCGCUGCUGAAUUGUCCACUUUCUGCUCCAUGUAUAGAAGAUGAUAACAGCCCGCCGAAAGCGUUGUCAUAUUUGAAGCAGAAAGGUCAGGACAGAAACGAAUCGGACUCUUCGCCCAUUUCGUCCGAUAGAGUUGGGGCUUGGACGAACAUCUCGACAGAGACCGAAAUUCUACCUCAGAACAGUGAUAUGCUAUCACAUCUUAGCAAGGAUGUAAAGCCACAGAAUUUUCCAUUGGACGAAGAUAUUAGCCACUUCUCCGGCAGAACGAACUUCCAGUGGCAGUGA